CGGUUGUAGGCGGGGGCUGGGGCGGUCAAGUGAGUAAAGUGCAGGGUCGAGGAGGGGCCCCAGUGUCGAGGCAGCAGCCCUGCCUCUGCGGUGCAUACCAGAGCCCCAACACAUGCCUGUAUCUCCAUUGUGUGCGUGGAGCAGAACGUGACACACAGGCUGCGCAUCAGUGGCUCAGCGCACUGCGUGGGGAACCGGACUCGAGCUUCUCGGAACGACACCAGGUGCCCACAUUGCUCUCGUCAAGCCAACCCAAAAUGUCCCAUCGAAGCGGUCAAGAGGACCCAGAGCGAUACCUGUUUGUGGAUCGCGCCGUGGUUUACAACCCGGCCACGCAGGCUGACUGGACAGCCAAGAAGCUGGUUUGGGUCCCGUCAGAGCGCCAUGGCUUUGAGGGGGCCAGUAUCCGCGAGGAGCGCGGCGAGGAGGUGGUGGUGGAGCUGGCUGAGAAUGGCAAAAAGGUGGUGAUUAACAAGGAUGACAUCCAGAAGAUGAACCCUCCCAAGUUCAGCAAGGUGGAGGACAUGGCCGAGCUCACCUGCCUGAAUGAGGCGUCUGUGCUGCACAACCUGAAGGACCGCUACUACUCUGGACUCAUCUAUACCUAUUCGGGCCUGUUCUGUGUGGUCAUCAACCCCUACAAGAACUUGCCCAUCUACUCGGAGAACAUCAUUGAGAUGUACCGGGGCAAGAAGAGGCACGAGAUGCCACCUCACAUCUACGCCAUCUCCGAGUCGGCUUACCGCUGCAUGCUUCAAGAUCGUGAGGACCAGUCAAUCCUUUGCACAGGUGAAUCGGGGGCCGGGAAGACGGAGAACACCAAGAAAGUGAUCCAAUACCUGGCCCACGUUGCCUCCUCACACAAAGGACGCAAAGACCACAACAUUCCACCAGAAUCUCCCAAAGCAUUCAAGCUUCAGGGAGAGUUGGAACGCCAGCUCCUACAGGCUAACCCUAUCCUGGAAUCGUUUGGUAAUGCCAAGACGGUGAAAAAUGACAACUCCUCCCGUUUUGGCAAGUUCAUCCGAAUCAAUUUCGAUGUCGCGGGCUACAUUGUUGGGGCCAAUAUUGAAACCUACCUUCUGGAGAAGUCGCGGGCAAUCAGACAGGCCAAAGAUGAAAGAACUUUCCAUAUUUUCUACCGCUUGCUGGCAGGGGCCGGAGAGCAUCUCAAAACGGACCUGCUCCUCGAAGGCUUUAACAACUACCGAUUCCUGUCAAAUGGUAACCUUCCCAUCCCUGGCCAGCAAGACAAAGACAAUUUCCAGGAGACUCUGGAGGCCAUGCACAUCAUGAGCUUCUCACACGAUGAGAUUGUCUGCAUGUUGAAGGUGGUCUCAGCGGUGCUGCAAUUUGGCAACAUUGUCUUCAAGAAAGAGAGGAAUACCGAUCAGGCCUCUAUGCCUGAGAACACCGCGGCACAGAAGCUCUGCCAUCUGCUUGGAAUGAAUGUGAUGGAGUUCACAAGAGCUAUCCUCACCCCGAGGAUAAAAGUAGGCCGAGACUAUGUCCAGAAAGCACAGACCAAGGAACAGGCCGACUUUGCUGUGGAAGCUCUGGCCAAAGCUACAUACGAGCGACUGUUUCGCUGGCUGGUCCACCGCAUCAACAAGGCCCUCGACAGGACUAAACGUCAGGGGGCGUCUUUCAUCGGCAUCCUGGAUAUCGCCGGCUUUGAAAUCUUCGAGCUGAACUCAUUCGAGCAGCUGUGCAUCAACUACACCAACGAGAAGCUGCAGCAGCUCUUCAACCACACCAUGUUCAUCCUGGAGCAGGAAGAGUACCAGAGGGAAGGGAUCGACUGGAGCUUCAUCGACUUUGGCCUCGACCUGCAGCCUUGCAUCGAACUCAUCGAGAGGCCGAAUAACCCGCCCGGUAUUCUGGCUCUGCUGGAUGAAGAGUGCUGGUUUCCCAAAGCCACAGACAAGACCUUUGUGGACAAAGUGCUCCAGGAGCAAGGCACCCACACUAAAUUCCAAAAACCACGUCAGCUCAAGGACAAAGCCGACUUCUGCAUCAUCCACUACGCAGGCAGGGUGGACUACAAAGCUGACGAAUGGCUCAUGAAGAACAUGGAUCCCCUGAACGACAACGUGGCCACGCUGCUGCAUCAGUCCACCGACAAGUUUGUGGCCGAACUCUGGAAAGAUGUGGACCGCAUCGUCGGCCUGGACCAAGUCGCCGGCAUGAACGAGACGGCGUUCGGUGCCGCGUACAAAACGAAGAAGGGCAUGUUCCGCACCGUGGGCCAGCUGUACAAGGAGCAGCUGUCCAAGCUGAUGGCCACAUUGAGGAACACGAACCCCAAUUUUGUGCGCUGCAUCAUUCCCAACCAUGAGAAAAGAGCCGGUAAACUGGAUCCUCACCUGGUUCUGGACCAGCUAAGAUGCAACGGUGUCCUGGAAGGCAUCCGUAUCUGCAGACAAGGCUUCCCCAACCGUAUUGUCUUCCAAGAGUUUAGACAGAGGUAUGAGAUUCUCACGCCGAACGCCAUCCCCAAAGGCUUUAUGGAUGGCAAGCAGGCCUGUGAGAGAAUGAUCAAAUCCCUGGAGCUUGACAACAACCUGUUUCGCAUCGGCCAGAGCAAAAUUUUCUUCAGGGCGGGAGUGCUGGCCCACUUGGAGGAAGAGAGGGACCUGAAGAUUACAGACAUCAUUAUUUACUUCCAGGCUGCUUGUCGCGGCUAUCUUGCACGCAAAGCCUUUGCCAAGAAACAGCAACAGCUUAGUGCACUCAAGGUUCUCCAAAGAAACUGUGCUGCGUACUUGAAGCUGCGUCACUGGCAGUGGUGGAGACUCUUCACUAAGGUGAAGCCCUUGCUGCAGGUGACCAGACAGGAGGAGGAGAUGCAGGCUAAAGAUGAGGAGCUGGUCAAAGUGAAGGAGAAGCAUACAAAGGUGGAGGGACAGCUGAUAGAGAUGGAACGAAAGCACCAACAGUUAACGGAGGAGAAAAACAUCCUGGCGGAGCAGCUGCAGGCAGAGACCGAGCUGUUUGCGGAGGCUGAGGAGAUGAGAGCUCGCCUGGCUACCAAGAAGCAAGAGCUGGAGGAGAUCCUUCAUGACCUUGAGUCCAGACUGGAGGAAGAAGAGGAGAGGGGCCAGGGCAUGGUCAAUGAGAAGAAGAAGAUGCAAUCCCACAUCCAGGACCUGGAGGAACAACUGGAUGAGGAGGAGGCUGCUCGGCAGAAGCUGCAGCUCGAGAAAGUGACAGCUGAGGCCAAAAUGAAGAAAUAUGAAGAGGAUAUUUUGCUGCUCGAGGACCAAAACACCAAGUUUGUCAAGGAGAAAAAGUCACUGGAGGAUCGUAUCAACGAGAUGACCAUUUUCCUUGCUGAGGAGGAAGAGAAGGCGAAGAACCUGGGAAAGGUCAAGAACAAGCAAGAGAUCAUGAUGGUUGACUUGGAGGAGAGGCUUAAAAAGGAAGAAAAGACCCGUCAGGAGCUGGAGAAGGCUAAGAGGAAGCUGGAUGGGGAAACCUCUGACUUUCAAGACCAGAUCACCGAGCUCCAGGCCCAGAUCGAAGAGUUCAAAACUCAAAUUGUCAAGAAGGAGGACGAGCAGCAGUUACUUCAAACAAGGGGCGAAGAUGAGGUCAACCAGAAAAACAACGCUCUGAAACAAGUGCGAGAGCUUCAAGCCCAGCUGUCUGAGCUGCAGGAGGACAUGGAGUUGGAGAAACAGGCCAGGAACAAGGCUGAGAAGCUCAAGAGAGAUUUGAGUGAAGAACUGGAGGCUUUAAAGACAGAACUGGAGGAUACGCUCGAUACAACUGCUGCCCAACAGGAGCUCAGGACCAAGCGAGAGCAAGAAGUUGCAGAGCUGAAGAAGGCCAUUGAAGAGGAGACGAAAAACCACGAGGCUCAGAUCCAGGAUAUGCGACAGAGGCACGCCACUGCUUUAGAAGAGCUCUCUGAGCAGCUUGAACAGGCCAAGAGGUUCAAAGCUAAUCUGGAGAAGACCAAGCAGAGCCAGGAGAGCGCCAACAAGGAAAUGGCCUGUGAGGUCAAAAGCCUCCAACAGGCGAAGACGGAGUCCGAGCACAAGAGGAAGAAACUGGAGGCUCAGCUGCAGGAGGUCACCGCCAGAAACACCGAAGGCGAGCGCACCAAGGGCGAGCUGACUGAGCGUGCGCACAAACUGCAGACCGAGCUGGACAAUGUGUCGGCCACGCUGGAAGACACAGAGCGUAAAAGCAUCAAGUUGACAAAAGACGUCGCUGGACUGGAAAGUCAGCUCCAAGACACGCAGGAGCUGCUCCAAGAGGAGACCCGUCAGAAACUCAACCUCAGCAGCCGCAUGCGCCAGUUGGAGGAGGAGAAGAACGGCCUCCAGGAGCAGCAAGAGGAGGAUGAGGCGGCCCGCAAAAAUGUGGAGAAACAGUUGCUGACCUUACAGGCUCAGCUGUCCGAGAGCAAGAAGAAGCUCGAGGACGACGUGGGAACAAUCGACGGCCUGGAGGAGGCGAAGAAGAAGCUGCAGAAGGACUUGGAGAUGUCGGGCCAGCGUCUGGAGGAGAAGACCAUCGCUUUUGAGAAGAUGGAGAAGACAAAGACUCGUCUGCAGCAGGAGCUGGAUGAUCUCACCGUUGACUUGGAUCACCAGAGGCAGAGCGUGUCCAACCUUGAGAAGAAACAGAAGAAGUUUGACCAGUUACUGGCUGAGGAGAAGAGCAUUUCGGCCCGUUAUGCCGAAGAGCGCGACCGGGCGGAAGCCGAGGCCAGGGACAAAGAGACCAAAGCUCUGUCCAUGACCAGAGCGCUGGAUGAAGCUCUGGAGGCCAAAGAGGAGCUGGAGAGGGUCAACAAGCAGCUCCGCGCCGAGAUGGAAGAUCUGAUGAACUCAAAGGACGACGUGGGCAAGAACGUUCACGAGCUGGAGAAAUCCAAGCGCACGCUGGAGCAGCAGGUGGAGGAGAUGAAGACUCAACUUGAGGAGCUGGAGGACGAGCUGCAGGCCACCGAGGACGCCAAGCUGCGCCUGGAGGUCAACAUGCAGGCCAUGAAAGCGCAGUACGAGCGCGACCUUCAGGGCCGCGACGACCAAAACGACGAGAAGAAGAGAGCGCUCAUGAAGCAGGUCCGAGAGAUGGAAGCGGAGCUGGAGGACGAGAGGAAGCAGAAAGCUUUGGCCGUGGCCGCGAAGAAGAAACUGGAAAUGGAUUUGAAGGACGUGGAGGGUCAGAUCGAAGGAGCCAGCAAGGCUCGAGAUGAAGCCAUCAAACAACUGCGCAAGUUGCAGGCCCAAAUGAAGGACUACCAGAGGGAACUGGAAGAUGCCAGAGCCUCCAGAGAUGAUAUUUUUGCAUUAUCGAAGGAAAAUGAGAAGAAACUGAAGAGCCUGGAGGCCGAGAUUGUGCAGCUGCACGAGGACCUGGCGGCGUCGGAGAGAGGACGACGCCACGCCGAGCAAGAAAGAGAUGAGUUGCAAGAUGAAAUCUCCAACAGCACAUCUGGAAAGACUGCUCUGAUGGACGAGAAGAGGAGGCUGGAGGCUCGCAUUGCUCAGCUCGAGGAAGAGCUCGAAGAAGAGCAGGGCAAUAUGGAACUCCUUAACGACCGCUUCAGAAAGACCACCAUGCAGGUGGACACGCUGACCACAGAGUUGAGCGCGGAGCGGAGCGCGUCGCAAAAGAGCGACAACGCCCGGCAGCAGCUGGAACGUCAAAACAAGGAGCUACGGGCCAAGCUGGGCGAGCUGGAAGGUUCCGUCAAGAGUCGCUUCAAGGCUUCCAUCGCGGCGCUGGAGGCCAAGAUUGCGCAACUGGAGGAACAGCUGGAGCAGGAGGCCAAGGAGCGAGGAGCAGCUAACAAGUUAGUGAGGAGGACUGAGAAGAAGCUGAAAGAGAUUUGCAUGCAGGUGGAGGACGAACGCCGCCAUGCGGAUCAGUUUAAGGAACAAGUGGAAAAGGCGAACUCUCGUAUGAAGCAGCUGAAGCGUCAGCUGGAGGAGGCAGAAGAGGAGGCCACGAGGGCCAACGCGUCGCGAAGGAAGCUGCAGAGAGAGCUGGAUGACGCCACCGAGGCCAGCGAGGGUCUCAGCCGCGAGGUCCACACGCUGAAGAACCGCCUCCGGCGCGGUGGCCCCAUCAGUUUUUCCUCCAGUCGCUCGGGCCGACGUCAGUUGCCAGUUGAGGGCUCGUCUUUGGACCUCCUGUCUGACGACGAGCCGGAGAACAAGGUCACGGACAACAACGCCAACGAGCCCGCCACCCCCCAGCAGGAAUAAAAAAAAAACGGCGACACGCCUUCACUUGAAACCGUCGGCUUCAAGAAGGAACUCUGUCAGCUUCUUGCGUCUAAAAGGCCUUUUCCGAUCGCGCGCGUCUUAGCGCGUCGCAUCAAGACACCAGCGGUUGGAAUCCCAACAUGCUCUUUUGCCAACAAGUGUUGCCUUAUUGGUCCUGCAGAGCAUCAUUAAGCCCAAACAGCGUUCAUCUCAUCCCUAAAUCCCAGUAGAUGCAUUUGAAGUACAUAAGUUAUUUUGGAUGAAGAGUCGUCAUCCAGCCCUGCACAGGAACGCUUUGCUUGCGUCGAAAAGUAGCGAUUGAACGCAGUCCAUCUCCUUCUGAUUGCAAUUAGCUUGCGCUCGACCUUUUUGUGCCUUGUUCCACUCCCUUCAAAUACAUUUAUGCCAGCGAUACUGUUCAUAUACGCAUCAUUUUGUGAAGAUGUAUUUUAAUAAAACAUCCAAGUAAUGAUA